AUGGUUACCACUACCAUCACCCGGGUCCAACCUGCACUCGCUUUCUGCGAAAAGCUGGACUCCACUAAAAAUCAUUAUAUUGAGACGGGGACGUCAGACCGUCUUCCAAGCGUCUUCGAGUGCACGGUUCAUCUUGAGUUGCUUGACGCCAUUGUACGAGUGGAGGGCGAGGUCGCCGAAUGGGGACAGGAGGAGGGUCUUUCUGAGGGAGUCGCGUGGGAUAUGUAUUGCUCCGCUGCUGCGUCAAGAUUUAUCAAGUGGUCGCAAACUGCUGAAGCUAACGAGGAGGCUACUCCGCCACUGGAUAUUUUUAUUGUCUGGCAUGCAUAUAUGCUAAAUACGAAUGCGUACAGACAGUACGCAAAGCAAGUCUUCAAGGCUCGUAUAGGCCGCGAGGGUAUCGACUGGGCUGCCGUGCACGAUCGGAUCGAUGAGGAUAACCAAUUCAAAAUGUCUGCAGACGAAGCAGCCCCUACAAAGCAGUCACCACUGUCAGUCGACCUCCUGAGCGUCCUCAAAAAUGGAGAGAUCAAGGUCGAAGACGUUAAGCCCUCUCCAUCUGCCAGUUUUGACAUGGUCGCCGCGGUCAAGCGACAACUGAAAUUUGCUCAUAAGAUGCACGAGGCUAGGUGGCUGCGCAGUCCGUUUGCUGGAAAGAUUCUCAAGAACGCGAUCGAUCGUUAUGAGAAGUUCUUCACUCUCAUUGCUGAGUAUCCUUACAGUUCUCUUUCGCCAACGCCAGAUAUCGACCUUGUCUGGCACACGCACCAGCUAUCGCCAAAGCGCUAUGGCUUAUACUCAGUUAUGAAGGCCAACGGUAGGUUCGUCAAUCACAACGAUGACGUAGCCAAGGCCAUCUUGAAGGGGUCAUUCGACUUUACUACAAAGCUCUUCCGCGACCGCUUUGGUACGUUCAUGCGCGCCAUGUUGAGUCUUCAGAAUGCAGUGGGGAUUCUUGCAUUCCUCAAACCUGUACCGAAAGCUGCAAAUCUGAAUGCAGCGGCGAUAGCUGCAGCAACCAAGACCUUUAAGGGUUGCUUUGAAAUUGGCUCUCUUUCGUUUGUCUAG